AUGGAAUUCGACCUACACCAUGAUCGCCGACACGCUUCGAUCCCGGAAUGCGCUCGAGAAGGCGGAGAAGUUCAAUUCGCAAGAUGGGACGAGAAUAAAUUACACUAUAUGGCAACAGUAUUGGAUCCGCGUAUCAAGACCUUGAUCACGGCGCACAGAAGCCCAGCCGACGCGGUGUCGAUCGUAUUAGAGGCCCGCGAUUUUGUCAAGGCUGAACGUAUAUCCCUUUCGUUUCACUCUGCCAGCGGAGCCAAAACAACCGGCGGGCAUGCCCAACUCGUUGUGGAACAAGUUGAGACCGCUCCAGCCAGAAGCCGGCAUCCGAGACGACCGACAUCGACCGGUACCUGGACUCUGCUGUGGUGA